AUGUUUGGUAUUGUCACCGUUGUUCAACCUUCUCUGUGGCAGUGCGUGCUGACAGUCGCUGGCCUUGAUGGCCUGUACAGGUUUCAUGUUGAUAAUCUGUCCAGUGCACAUGUCUAUCUUCGCCUCCGCGACGGUGAAUCAUGGGAUAAUAUCCCACAACCCCUUCUAGAAGACUGCGCACAGCUUACAAAGGCGAAUUCUAUCGAGGGGAAUAAAAAAGACAACAUCACGAUUAUCUAUACACCAUGGUCGAACUUGAUGAAAGAUGGGUCUAUGGCUACUGGUCAAGUCUCAUUUCACAAUCCGAAGAUGGUGCGCAAAGUUUUCGUACGACAAAGGGAGAAUAUUAUAGUCAACCGGCUCAAUAAAACCCGCGCGGAAAAAUAUCCUGAUCUUAUGGCAGAGAAAGAGGAAUCUCUGAAAAAGAAGCAGAGAGAGGAGAGGAAGAUCAGAGGCGAGCAGCGAGCAAGAGAAAAACAAGAAAUGAGAGAAAGGGAACAGUUGAAGUGGCAGAAAGAGCAUGCCUAUGAUGAUCUGAUGAGUGAGGAGAACAUCCAGGGAAGCAGCAAUCAAGAUCGGGAUCCUGACUUCCUUGAUGACUUCAUGUGA